UGUAAGUAUUCUCCUUUCCAUGGUGACACGCCCAAUCCACAGAAUAUACGUAUUCUGUUUUGUAUUGUACGUAGAAUCUAAACAAUCGAGUAGAUCGAACAAAGAACUACGCAACUUUCUGUGGCGAUUUAAUUUAUGCAAUGGAUCAGCCGAAUGGUUCUUAUAGACUCUUGCUAUAAAAUGAAAUUGAAUCAUAAAAUGGCAUGCAGCAGCAGCAUCAAAAGAAACAUAAUUAAUUAAUUAAGGAUGAGUUCGUCGUCGUCAUCAUCACCACGGACGGCGGUUUUGGUAGUCAUGAUCAUGCCGCUCAUUGCAAUUCAUUAUUCGACGUCGCCGGCGGCGGCGCAAGAGAUAAAAUUCCGUUGCAACGCUCUAUCGUUCCCCUUAGACGAUCACCGGCGUGUCUGUGCGUAUCAUCUGCUCGAUCAUCUGCUCGGGUGGACGGAUCCGGUGCCGGUGGGUGAAUUCUACGACACUUAUGACUGCGAUAAGGGCAAGCACACCGUCUACGGUCACCGGAAGAGGGACGACGGCGACGCUGCGGCUGCGUGCCUUGCUAAGGCGAAAGAUAUCCUCCAGAAGAAGCAGUGCGAUGGCCGCAUGGGAGGUAUGGCGUGGGGCGAAGGCUGUUACAUGAGGUUUGAGAUUUACCCUCUGGAAGACGACGACGACUACAGCGACUGAUAAUCCGAUGAUCGAUCGAGAGAAUCUCCUAUCAGAGUCUAAAUAUAUUGCGCGGUAAGGUGAUUUUUUUUUCGUGGUAUGAAAUGGUUUGUAAAACUACGGUUGGAUCAUGGUUUCAGUGUAAAAUACUCUGUCUGUUGGGACAACUUUUUUUCGGCACAACGUUUUAAAGUGUGGUGUGAUAUUGGCUAUAAUAAUGUGUGGGCUGUAAGUAAAGCCGGUUUGUUGCCUGUAACCCUAGUUACUUGCUUUGUAAAAAGAGUUUGUAAUGAAACUUCUGUGUACUGAUCGGCGGCGGCCGGCGGCUUUAUGAAUAAAUAAGAAAGAAAAUAAGAGAAAAUCGGGAUGUUUACCUCGUCGGAGUCGCUACUCAUGGUUCGUACGUAUUCCCAAUGAUUACGACUCGAGAAUGUCAACGAUUAAUUCGAGAGUGUGGGAAAUUGAGUGUUUCUCUUUUUUUUUUUUUUACUCAAAGUAAUAUUUGUUUGCUAAAGAUGCCAAAAGAUUAAAAGUGUAACUUUGUUAUUUUUUAGGACGAUCAAGAGUAAUUUUAAGGACGACCUUUAUAUAUACACGUAUCACAUAACUCUCGUUCUAGGGUGUUACUAUUGGUUGAGGGAGGUAUAGAGGAUAGGGAUCCCAGGAUCCGGCCACUUGGCCAAAAUUGGAAUAACAAAAUUCUUUAGAUACAUAGGGUUUAACAUGAUUUUUAAAUUUAGAAUUCUCGUCGAUGUUAGCUCAUCUAAAAAUUUCAAUUAAUUCAAAGUUCAUUAAAUACAUAGACUUUAGUGUUAUUAAAUAGGUUAUAGGUAUAAUAUGCCCCUCUACUAUGUCGUUUUAUCAAACAUGCCCAUCUACUAUUUUUUACAUCAAACAUGUCCUUGUACUUUAGAAAAAUGAUCAAACAUGCCCUUAUGUUAAUAUUUCCAUCCAAAAACAGUCAAUCAUGGUCGUACCUUGGUUUGGGCGACACAAAUGUCUAAAAUAUCCUUGGUAAUUUCACUUUAAAUGUUUUUGGGUUCUUUUGUAGAGCCAAAUACCUCUAAUAAUUUCACUUUAACGAGACCUAGAAAAAUAAAAUGGGGAACAAAACUGACAUUUUCGCUCUCAUUUGCCGAUGUCGGGUCAUCUACAUCUCGGUUCAACCAUGGUUGGCAAUUUUUUUAAUGGAAAUUUUAACAGAAGAGCAUGUUUGAUCAUUUUUCCAAAGUACAAGGGCAUGUUUGAUAUAAAAAAUAGUCUAGGGACAUGUUUGAUAAAACUACAUAGUAGGGGACAUAUUAUACCAAUAACCCUUAUUAAAUUGUUAAGCAUCCUAAUAAACUCAAAGUCUGAAGAUGGGUAUUACCUUGCAUACAUAAUUCCUAUUAUCAGCAAGAGAAGGAUAAAUCCCACGUUGCAUGCAUGUAUAUAUAUUAUAUAUGAAAUGGGAAGCAAGGAAAUUAGUAAAGAUCAACUUGUCUUAUUUUCAUUUUUGUACUUACUAAAUUCGGCUAAUGUUCCUCAUCCACGAAUUAAUCGCCACAGCCCACAGCUACGUUGUUCCCAUGUCAUGUGGUUGUAAAUAGCUUUGGUUGGUCUGCCAUGCACUCUGCCUUGAUUAUUAAUGGUGGGCUAAGAUCAGGUGACUAAGGGGGGUCUCUUAGUCAUGUGACUAAGUGAAUCUCAGCCCUUCCACCUCAUUAAAAUCCAAUGGUCCUG